CGUGUUUGUCUAUUGUGUUGUUGCUUGCGCCUUGCACUGUCUGCCUAGGUAAAUAUAAUUGGUUCUUAUCCUAUCAUAGGAUAGUCCUACCUAUCUGGAUUUUUGUGUUCUAAAUAUUGUUUAGUUAAUAUCGUUGACAAAAUUUAAUAUAUAAAAUAUGGGUAAGAAAAGGAAACUGGCUACAAAAGAUGACGAUUUUGAAUUUGACCCAAUACCCAGGCACUUAGUUACUUCACACAUAAAAAAGCAAGAGAAACGACUUAUAGUAAUUUUGGAAAACGCACAAUUGGAGACCGUGAAAACAGGAAACAACUUUGAAUUGCUGAACUGUGAUGACCAUGCCAACAUCUUGCGGAAAAAUGAUCGUGAUCCUGGUUCGUGUCGUCCUGACAUUACUCAUCAAUCUCUCUUGAUGCUAAUGGACUCACCGUUGAAUAGGGCUGGUUUACUUCAGGUGUAUAUUCACACAGAAAAAAAUGUCCUUAUAGAAAUAAACCCACAGACUCGAAUACCACGAACAUUCAAGAGAUUUGCAGGUUUAAUGGUUCAACUACUACAUAAGUUUGCAAUCAGAGCAUCAGAUGGUCCUAUGAAAUUGUUGAAAGUUAUAAAAAACCCAGUUACAUCUCACCUACCAGUAGGUGUUAAGAAGGUCACUAUGUCAUUUAGUUCCAAAGUGGUCCAAAACUGCAGAGACUUAGUUCCUAAAGAUGAGCCAGUAGUGUUAAUCAUAGGAGCUAUGGCCCAUGGAAAAGUGGAAGUAGAUUACUCUGAAGAUGUAAUAUCUAUAAGUAACUACCCAUUAUCUGCUGCAUUGACUUGUGCUAAACUGUGCACUGCCUUUGAAGAAGUGUGGGAGGUUGUGUAAAUAAAUAUAUUCAAAAGUAA